GAUUCAUUACUGGGGCAUCAUUGACUCAUGACUUCGGAUGGGAUCUUUUCCGAACGUGAAAGAAUAGAAAACUAAAUAAAAUAAGUCUAAUUACAUCACAGUUUGGUUCAUUUUGGAUUGCUAUAAAAGAAAGAUCGAAGAAAGGACUCGCAAGAUUUCAUUGACCUGAUCAUCUCGGAAGUGGUCAUAUGAUGAGUGUUUUCUGUGAGACUCUCAUUCCUAUAUAUUGUCUACCAGGAAAUGAAGUUGCACAAUUAAAAAUUAGCGGGAGAGAUUUGGUUUGGAGCUUCUUUGUAUACAUAUAUUAAGUUGGGUGGUGUACAGGAAAUGAUACUUCAGAGGUGGGGGUUUUUGCCGAUGAUGCUGCUGCUAGUAGUGGCUGCAAUAACAGGAGCAACAGUAAAUCCAGAUGUGAGAGAUGGCUGCCAAGAAAGGUGUGGGGAUGUUAUUGUUCCUUACCCGUUUGGGAUUGGGGAACAAAGAUGUGCCAUGAAUGCGAACUUCUUUUUAAAUUGCAAUUCCACUGAUGAUGGUCAUCAUGAACUGCGGUUUGGAGAGAACAUGCCUGCUCGCAAUAUAUCAUUGCUGAAUGGCACAGUCACUGUAGGCAUUGAUCCAUCGUCCGAUUGCUAUAACAAGUCAGGGAGGCAGUCGUGGCUUUUCAAUCAGUCUAUCUCACUUGGAUCAGGCCCCUUCACAUUUUCAGACGCUCGAAAUAUGUUCACAGCAGUUGGUUGUGAUACCAUUGCCAUGGUGACCAACGAGGACAUAACAUUCGGGGCUGCUUGUCUCUCUUUAUGCACUAUAAAUGUUACCAUGUCAAAGAAUAAUUCCUGCUCAGGUUCUGGAUGCUGCCAGACCUCGAUUCCAAAGGGUCUCAAGUCUCUGGAUAUUACCAUUCAGAGCUUUCGCAACCACACGGAUGUUUUCGAAUUUAACCCCUGUGGCUUUGCUUUCCUUGAGGACAAAGACUCCCUUGACCUGUCGGAUUGGCCACUCUCCCGAACUCCAAAACUUAAUGAUACAUCAAAUGUUGUGAUCGAAUGGGUAGCUCAAACCGAGAAAUGCGAAAAUGCUCAGGCCAAUAAGAGUUCAUAUGCUUGUGGCAUCAAUACAAAUUGCUACUACUCUGAUAAUGGUCAAGGAUAUCGUUGCGCAUGCAAUGAAGGGUUCGAAGGAAACCCAUAUCUUGAAAAAGGAUGCCAAGAUAUUGAUGAGUGCAAGUAUCCUGAAACAUACACAUGUUACGGUAAAUGCCACAACACCAUUGGGGAUUACGAAUGUAAAUGUUCACUUGGCAUGCAUGGUGAUGGCAAAGUAGGUUGUCAAGGAUUUGCUAUCACUACCAUUAUAGCAGUCGUGGGCGCCAUAGUUUCCCUGGUGAUUAUUUGUCUAUUGCUCUUCAUGAUCUUGAGUAAAAGAAGAAAGGACAAGAACUUCAGAGAAAAUGGGGGAACCGUUUUAAAGCAUCAAAGAGUAAGGAUUUUCAGUGAGGCAGAGCUGACAAAAGCAACCACCAAUUAUGAUGAUGAUAAAAAAAUCGGGGAAGGUGGUUUCGGUUCAGUUUACAAAGGAGUUUUAGCAGACAAUACAGUAGUCGCUGUCAAGAAGUCCAAGGGGGUGGGAACUCUCGGCUACCUGGAUCCAGAGUAUCUUAUGACGGGUAAUUUAACUGAAAAAAGUGAUGUCUAUAGCUUUGGGGUAGUUCUUGUGGAGCUUCUCACUGGGGAGAAGCCAAACUCAAAUGCCAAGUCAGGAAAUAAACGGAACUUUAUUCAGUACUUCAACUCAGCAUUGGAAAAUAAUGAUCUUUUUGGGAUUUUGGAUUUUCAAGCAGCUGAUGAAGCUGAGAUGGAUGAGAUAGAAGCUGUUGCUGAGCUUGCUAAAAGAUGUCUGAAUAGCGUAGGAGUAAACCGCCCAUCCAUGAAGGAAGUGUCAGAAGAGCUUGCUAAGCUGAAAGCCCUUAAUCAGAAAUCAUGGGCCCAGCAAAAUAGCGACGAGACAGAGCACUUGCUAGGCGAAUCAUCACAAUCUUUCCGCAACAACGCAAGUCCUCCCACGAGUCAAUCCCAAACUGUCAUAUCCUUCGAGAUUGAAAACUACACCGAUAGCAUUUAAAAUUUGAAUUUGCCAAGGAAACAUGCUGCAUUUUCGGAGGGCCAAGAAAUGGCUGUCAAGCUUGUACUAAAUAGUUUGUUUGAUUAAGUUGUAGCUUUAUUGGUAGUGAUUGAGUAUUAUUGUCUCCAGGAUCCUGCAAGCUCAACAUGUUUCUGGAUUUAUCCUUUCUUCUCUCGUCGUGUAAAGUAAAAAUUGUGGGUUUACAGGAUAAAGAUCAUAAUAAAGCGAUUAAUUUACCUAGCAUGGUAGAUUUU